AUGUUUCUGAUCAAUGUCGAGAAUGCCAUAGAGCAGCUGACUUUGGACGAGAAAGUCAAGCUCCUCGCUGGGCAGGAUACAUGGGGCACCUGGGCGAAUGAUCGUGUCGGCAUUCCCCGAAUCACGACAUCCGAUGGACCUCAUGGCGUUCGUGGUACAAGCUUCUUCAAUGGCCCUCGCGGUAUGCUACUCCCCUCUGCGACGGCAAUGGGAGCGACAUUCGACCCCGAAUUGAUACAUACGGCCGGCGAGCUACUAGCAGCCGAAGCAAAAGAGAAGAAAUGCCAUGUCUUGUUGGCUCCAACCGUUUGCAUCCAACGGUCUCCCCUUCUCGGUCGUGGAUUCGAAGCCUUCGCAGAGGACCCAUGGCUCAGCGGAACCAUAGCAUCAGCAUACGUCAAUGGUGUUCAAAGCCAUGGCGUAGCUUGCGCGAUCAAACAUUUCGCCGCACACGAUCAGUCAAGCAUGUCGGUAGAGGACGAUGUUCGAGCAUCAGAGCGGACUCUUCGUGAGAUGCAUCUCCUGCCGUUCCAGCUAGCCGUCAAGAAUGCAAGUCCGUGGGCUUUCAUGAUGGCCUAUAACAAGAUCAAUGGUGUCCACGCCACUGAGAAUUCUUGGUUGAUGAAUCAGGUCCUACGGCAGGACUGGGGCUGGGAUGGACUUGUCAUGAGUGACUGGUUUGGCACUUAUAGCACCUCCGAGUCUCUCAAUGCCGGUAUGGACCUCGAGAUGCCAGGUCCGUCAAGGUGGAGAGGCGACCUGCUCGGUUGGGCCGUUAUGAGUGACAAGGUCAAGAAACCUACGAUCGACGCUAGCGUGCGAAACCUCCUCAAGCUCAUCAACAAGGUCCAACCUUGGAAGGAUGAAGCCCCCAAGGAAGUCGGAGAUACCCAGCGUAAGCGCGAUCUGUGCAGAAAGGUUGCAAGUGAGGCGAUUGUUCUUUUGAAGAAUGAGCGCAACAUACUUCCUUUGGACUCUAAUAAGAGGCAAACGUACGGAUUGAUCGGCCCAGCUAUUGGAAACCCAGCCAUCAGCGGAGGCGGCUCGGCUGAUUUGACGCCGCACUAUGUGAGCAGACCUUUGGAAGCCAUCAUCGAUGUUGUGGGAUCAGAGAAUGUCAAGACUGCAAUCGGAUGCCAGGCACACCUCUUCACUCCUCAAUUAUCAAAGGACAUUUCUGUACCCAACAGCACCGAGCCGGGAUAUCUUGUCUCCUGGUUCAAGGAAGAUCCCGUGCUUAACCCUGCCGCUGAGCCCGUCGCUUCGGUCACUACUGUUCAGGCCCAGAUGUACUUUGCCGACAACCUACCAGAAGCAGUACCAAAGACAUACUGGCUUCAGGCAAAGACUAUUUACACUGCACCAAAGUCUUGCACAAUUCAACUUGGUCUUUGCGUCCUCGGUAAGGGCAAGUUAUUCGUCGACGGCCAAGAAAAGAUCGACCUUUACACCAGUCAGCCAGAAAAGACUCUGCAGACCCCCAUGUUUGACCAAGCUAGCAUGGAAGUCACUGCUGAGCUUGAGGUACAGGAGGGAAAGCAGUACGAGAUUCUGGUCUAUCUUAAGAAUGAAGCUGCUACUGCAGGAGUAGGCGCGCUGAACUGCGGUGGGUUGAGAGUUGGCUGCUGUGAGAAGAUCGACCCUGCUACUGCUCUUGCAGAGGCUGUCAAGUUGGCUUCAGAGGUUGAUGUGCCUAUUGUUAUUGCUGGACUAAAUAGUGACUUUGAGAGCGAAGCGCUUGAUCGCAAGUCGCUUGAUUUACCACCAGCUGUUGAUAAGCUCAUCACAGCAGUUAUUAAGGCAAACAAAAACACGGCAAUUAUUUUAACCAAUUUCCACCAGGUCGUCGUAACGCAGUCAGGCUGCCCAAUCCUCAUGCCCUGGCUCGAUGACACCCCGACACUCGUUCACGCUUGGUUUGGCGGCCAAGAGACCGGCAACGCAAUUGCCGACGUGCUCUUUGGCAAGACCAACCCCAGUGGGCGACUUUCUCUCACAUUCCCUAAGAGGCUCGAAGAUACACCUGCUUUCUUGACCUUUGGCAAGGGAGAGAGGGAGAUUCAUUAUGGAGAAGGUGUCUUUGUCGGGUACCGCUAUUACGAAAAGCUACGGAACUCUCCGCUGUUUUACUUUGGGUUUGGUCUCUCUUACAGUCAGUUUGAGUAUUCGAACCUGCAGGUACCAGAAAAGGUCAACCUGUUUGAGACAGACACUUUCGAUGUUUCAGUUGACGUCACCAACACCAGCAACCGUGGUGGACACGAAGUUGUUCAGCUCUACGUGGCUGACAAGACGAGCACGGCCCCAAGGCCACUCAAGGAACUGAAGGCCUUCAAAAAGGUCUGGAUAGAUGCUGCACAGUCGCAAAAGGUGACGAUUUCCCUCGAUAAAUAUGCCUUGUCUUUCUGGAGCGAGAUAGAAUGCAAGUGGCUGGCUGAGGCGGGAGUGUUUGAGGUCAUUAUUGCCAGAAGCUCUGAUCCGAAGGAUGAAUUGCUUCGCGCAGAGUUUGAAUUAGUCAAGAACUUUACGUGGAAUGGCGUUUAG